GUUUUUAUAAAUCGCGCUAAGACUUUAAAGUCUCGAUCAGAGAAAGUUUAUACUCAAGAUCUUAGACCUUUGAUAAACUUUAUUCACAUUUGGUUUGGAGUUAUGAGCUGGUCAAACUAAAUGCAAAGAUUACAAUUCGUCAGGACUUUUUAAUCUCAUGCGACACAUAUACGAGUACACACAAACGAAUUUGUCAAUUGCAAGUUACCUCAAGAGUUAAAGGCACAUGAAGAGGAAAUGGCAACAUUGUUAUAGGGCACAUCGUAUGACGGGACCAUCAUGGAACUUGAUCCAACAGGAAAAGAGAGGCUGGACAGAAUAAAUCGCCUUGUCUUUGACAGGACAAAUUUGAAGAAACUCCGGGACGCCAUCUGUAAUUUGUUUGAUAUUUUCCACGAAAUACUCGAAAAGGACUUCGAGUAUGGCUGUUAUUUUGUAUGUGAUGACAUCAUAUCCAGACUACACGAAGUGAACCAGCAUAGAUGGGACGAAAUUCGAGAACAUUUCAUAGAAGACAGUUACCAUUCCUAUGACACAGGGAACUUCAUGGGCGAUGAAAUGCGAGACCCAGGCAAACUGAUACUGGAUCUCAUACAGCAAAUCGUCAAAUGCAAAGAGGGCCUAUUCCAGAAACUGGAGCAAAAACAUGAGGAGGUCGUGGAAGCCGAAAAGAAAGCAGAAAGUUACCGGGUGAAGUCCAUGGAAGCGUACGAGAAGUUGAUGGCGGAGAGACAAGAAAUCCAAGAUAAACUACUGGAAGCGGCUCGAACCAAAACCAAAUCACUGGUGCUAGAAAAACUGUGUGAUGAAAAGACGGAAAAACUCCAAGAGCUACAGAGAGUUAGGACCGUGUCCAUGUGGGAGAAGGAAAGAGAGAAAGUUGUAAAAGACUACCAGCAAAAGAUAGACGAUCUGGAAGACGAAUUAGCCUUUCUAAAGCAUAAUACAAAGGCUAUUACCAGGAGGAUGUCGAAUAUUGAUGACCAGAAUAAAAUGUUUAAACUGAAGCAAGAGAGAUCCAAAUCAUUCCAAGCCGAGUCUACCCCGGACCUUGAGUCCUUAAAGCGCGAUAUCUACGUCAGAGACAGGGACAUAUCUCACUUAGAAGGGGAACUAUACGAGCAACAGAAGUUAUUCAUGGGAGUGAUCGCCGGUCUUAGAACAGACAUCAGUAAGCUAAGCCAACGCUUCUAUGAUGCCGAGACUUCGGAGAGAGACCCUGAAUUUGUGAAGCUCCUGAAUCACUCAAACAAAAUAUACACAGCACUUUCCGAAGGAACUUUGCAACAAACCAAACAGCUCAUGCCUCCCCAUUACACAUUCCACGACAAAGAUGUGAAAAUCAAAAGGAUACGAAGGCUAUCAAAAGCCAAUACUUUGCCCAAACUCAGCCUGUCGGGUUUACCCUCAGAUCCUCUCCCCAACAUCAGCAAUAACGGGAAUAGUCCAGCGACGGAGCAAAAGCCCCUCUCCACACUAGUGGAGAACCCAAUCAUCGUAGACCCCAAAACCAAUAAAAUGAAUGGAAUCGUAUACCUAAGACAUUUUGCUCACAUGUCGCAAAAGUUCAUUUUAGAUCAUUGGGAAAAAUUUAAACAAUUCGACUGCAAUGGCGAUCAGAUGCUGGAUGUAGAAGAAACCUCUUCACUCUUACAAGGAUUGGGUCUUCAAUUUUCCAUUCACCAAAUUGAGGAAGCUAUGGAUGAAGUUGACAUCGACAAAUCUCAUACACUGGAUUUUUAUGAAUACUUAUUAGUGGUAGAUAAAAUCACCAAGAAAUCAGGAAAGGCUGCUUUAUUUAAACAAGGAAUUUCUAAAUCUCUUGAGGGUACCAAGGUGUGUGUGAUACAAUGAUACCCCAAUUUAAUACUUGUGCCACUCGCAAGACUCAACUUUUCGAAAGACUCCGACUGUUAUAUAUACAAGUGUAUAUAUACACUUUGAGCCCGAAUCAGUGCAGCAGGUGCUUAUAAGUAAAUUGAUGUAGGUUGCGUUAGUCAUACUGAUUAUAACCUAUAAUUGUCAUUAUCUCUCUUUCUGAUGUCAUGACGUUGAAUGUAUAUUGAUUAAGAAUUUUUUUUGACUGAUUAGAUGUUAUUGCUUUUCUCUGAAUACCAGACACGGUAAGUUGUAUGUACUUGUCAUGGUAUAAAUCGGCUGUAUUUAUAUUUAUUUGUAAUUAAUUGUUUAUUUAUUGACAUGUUUACAUAAUAAAUCGCUGUAAAAAGAA